AUGAAACGAUAAAAUUCUGCUAAUGUUACAGGGAGUCCAAGUCGAUAUUUCUCAACAACUUAAAAUUAAUUUACAGACAUACUUAAAUAGAUUACUUAAAAUUGCAACAAUAAACCAAUCAAAAAGCCAAGCAGUCCUAAUCCUAAUAGUCAAUUAUAAAAGAGAAUCAAAACUUAAACUAGUUGCUCAAAAAUACCAAAUUAAAACAGUUAAAAUAAAAAGGCUAGUUCUAGUGUACCUAAAAAUAGACUAGAAUAUUAUACAAUGCAAGAAUAAAUUGGAUCUGGUAAAUUUGGUAAAGUAUAUAAAUGUGUUUUGAAUUCAACUAAGAAGGUUUAUGCUAUAAAAAUGAUUGAUAAACAACAAUUAAAGAAGAAUUAAAUGAAUCAUUAGUUGUAAAGAGAAGUGACAAUUUAAUAAAUGUUAAAGCAUCCUAACAUAAUUCAGUUAAUCGAAUUUUUUGAGACUGCAACAAAUUAUUGUUUAGUAAUGGAAUAUGCAAAUGGAGGAACGUUAUUUUAAUCAUUGAUGAGAUAAAACAAUAAAAGAUAUUCAGAGCCUGCAGCAUCAAAUAUGAUAAAAUAAGUUGCCUUAGCAAUAUAAUAAAUGCAAAAGCAAUCCAUAAUUCAUAGAGAUCUAAAACCUGAAAACAUAUUAUGGUGUGAUGGAGUAUUGAAAAUUAGUGAUUUUGGUUGGUCAAUUUAAGAUAAAAAAGAAAGAGACACUCUCUGUGGAACAAUUGACUAUUUACCUCCUGAAAUGGUCUAUGGAUAAUCUUAUGAUAAUUCAAUAGAUUUGUGGUCAUUAGGUGUCUUAACUUUUGAAUUAACGACAGGUAAGACACCCUUUUAAAUUUAAGAAGGGUUUGCAUUAUAAUUUCCAGAUCAUUUGUCAGGAGAUGUAAAAGAUUUAAUGAAAGGAUUGUUGACUGAUAAAAAGAACAGGAAAUCCAUAGAUUGGGUAUUAAAUCAUGUUUGGUUAUGUUGA